UAGAGGGGCGGUGGCUUGGCGUCGCUCUGUCAAUCAAGGGAGCAUCUUUCCCCCGGUACCUGCGGCAGCUUCUCAGCGCGACCCGGCGGCGCCAUGACGGCUCACAGCUUCGCGCUGCCCGUCAUCCUGUUCUCCAUCUUUUGGGGGCUCGUGGGGUUUGCGGGGCCUUGGCUCGUGCCGAAAGGGCCCAACCGCGGGGUGAUUAUCACCAUGUUGGUCACGACAGCCAUUUGCUGUUAUCUUUUUUGGCUUAUAGCAAUCCUGUCACAAGCCAACCCACUGUUUGGACCCCAACUGAGGAAUGAAACUAUCUGGUAUGUGCGUUACCUGUGGGAGUGACCCAUGGUGCUGCAGGUAGACUGCUUCAACAGGUACCAACUUAAGAGUGCAAGUUCUCAUCUGAUUUCAACACAGCUCCAUGCCUUUCUCCCUUCCAGUAUCAAUGUAAUAAAUUUUGCAGCCAAAACUGUCCACAACAAUAGGACCAAGUACAUAAAAGAAUCACUGAAUUCUCAAUCUGAAUUGAUUUUGUUUCAAAUAUUUCCCUUCCGCUUUUCAGAAAACCUGACAGUACUUACAGUCCUGCCUCAGCAGCUGGGGAUUAAUUGUUGGAUCCAGUAAACAUUCUGGUUGGGCAAAAGAUUAUAGGGGGAAAUUGGAUUCCCCUUAUAUCAUCCUUUAGGGUCUCCUGUCCUCCAGUUGUAGCACAGAAGGCUGCACUGGGAGGCAGAAAAGUUCCAUUCUGCCAUUGGAAAUUCUGGACUCAGUCAUCAUAUCUAGUACAUUUUAUCCUGUCUUCCCUUCAAGGAACUUACAUGAUUCUCCUUUCCUUUAUUUAUUCUCACAACCCUAUGAAGUUGCAGAUGAAAUGGACUAGCACAAAGUUGGCCAGUGAUCCUGUUCUGGCACCACAACACGAGCUGAAGCUCUUUCCUUUAUCGUUAAAUAGGGGCUAUGUUACCAGGCCUAUUCCCUCCUCAUUUGUGCCAAGAUGUAUUUGUCCAGGUUCUCAUCCUCCCCUGAAUUUAUGACCUAUGUGUAUAUCUGCUGUAAACACAUAUUGUGAAAAUAAAAUUUUUAGAACCUG